AUGUUUUAACGUUCACGUAACAUCAAACACCUUUUCCUUACCUGGUAAAAGUUCAAUAGUUAACAUUGCAGUUGGUGUUAAGCUGUUUCAUCACGAGUUUUAUUGAAUUUUCUGUAAACGCAUGGCUCUGGCCAAGCUCAGACGAUUGUUUUGUCCACUCAGUUUGACAGCAAGAAAUGUCAAGCUGGGUCAAUCCGUCAGCGUAAAAUUCAAGUUCCAGAAAUUCCAUCACCAUUGCCCAAAUCAGCGGGUGUCCCAAAUAGUGCUAGUGAAAGUACCCAACCCUUCCUUCCUGACUCAUCAUCGUUUUCCCAAAUCUUUCAAAAUAGGUUCCAGAAUGAGCUCUUCGUCCCCUGACAGCCAGGACAUGCUGGACGUCCUGGCGUACAACUGUAGCAAAUUAUCCCAGGACCUGUGGGAAGCUUCCGGAGCCAACGAGAAGCGCAAGAUUGUGGCGGAAUACGUGAAGAAUGCUGACCGUGAAGGGAAAAGCAUCAAGGAUUUCAAGGAAGAUUUGGACUGGUUCAAUGUGACGGAACCACUUUCCCUCGAUGGGUCACUUCGGGGUAAGAUCGUUGUGCUGGAUUUCUUCACCUAUUGUUGCAUCAAUUGUAUGCACAUUCUGCCGGAUCUGAAGCGUCUGGAGCACCUGUACUCAGUCGAAGACGGUCUGGUCGUCAUUGGCGUCCAUAGCGCCAAGUUCGAAAAUGAGAAAAACUCAGCUAAUAUUCUCUCUGCGGUUCAGCGAUACGAGAUAAGCCAUCCCGUAGUGAACGAUAACGUUUCCUCUAUGUGGAGAAAUCUUCGCGUCCAAUGUUGGCCUACGCUGAUCAUUCUGGGUCCGCGUGCGAAUCCUCUUUUCGUAAUCAUGGGCGAGGGUCAAUUCGAAGAUCUCAAACUGUUUGUAAGCUCUUCGUUGAAAUACUACCGCGACAAAGGAGCCAUCCAAGGACAUUCCCUGCCUAUCAAUCAAACCAAUGAGCUUAUCGAAACGAGUCACCUUCAGUUUCCAGGAAAGAUAUCUUGUUCAUACGUUGGAUCAGAUAAUAGCAAAAGUCCAAUGUACGCCAUAUCUGACUCUGGAAAUCAUCGAAUACUCGUUAUCGAUAGCGAAGGGAUGGUGCUCCAUCGUAUCGGGGGACGAAAGCCAGGCUUUGUGGACGGAGACUUUCGAAAGGCUCGUUUCAAUGCACCUCAAGGAGUUGCUUUCCAAAACGAUCAUGUUCUAUACGUAGCUGACAACGAAAAUCACGCAAUACGUAAAAUUGAUCUUAAAACUAAGCAAGUUACUACUGUGGCUGGAAAUGGUAACCAAGGAAGCGAUCGAAUUGGCGGUAAAGCCGGAAGAGAUCAGAUUAUUUCCUCACCAUGGGACGUUGCGUGCUAUCAGACCAGGGAUCUGGAUAUGUCAUUCCACUCGGAUGAAUCCAAAGCGCCGCUGAAGGAUGUACUUCUCAUAGCCAUGGCCGGUAUACACCAGAUAUGGGCGCUGUUUCCCGAGGAGACCAUCUGGUGGAAGUUCAAAAAGUACUCGGCCGGUAGCUGCCUGGCAAUCGCUGGCAAUGGACGGGAAGAAAAUCGCAAUAAUUCCUAUCCUAACAAUGCAGCUUUUGCCCAACCAUCGGGCCUAGCCAUCAACAGAGAAUCGAAGGAACUAUAUCUGGCCGAUAGCGAGAGUUCGUCGAUCAGAAAGAUGUCGCUUAGCGAUGGGAAAGUCUUAGCUGUGGCAGGAGGGGAUCGGAAUCCACUGGACCUAUUCUCUUUCGGCGACAUCGAUGGCAAACUGUAUUCGGCCAAGUUUCAGCAUCCACUCGGAGUGGCUUACAAUUCCAAAGACAACUGCAUCUACGUAACCGAUACGUACAAUCAUAAGAUUAAGAAAAUUAACGCAACAACGAAUGUGGCAACCACGUGCACCUUCCGUGAUGCCGAAGGCAACAUCAGAACCUUCAACGAGCCUGCCGGGUGCUGCAUAGAUCCAACCGGGCAGUAUCUGUUUAUUGCCGACACGAACAAUCACGAAAUCCUAGUCGGGGAUCUAACCGAUUUGACCAUAAGACCGUUGAAAAUUCGCUUCAAAGCUCAGGACGGAGAUCAGAUUGACAACUCCGGUGAUAUUUACGUGUUUGAGCAUACCUUUAAAAUUACUCCGGAUGGAGGCAAAGUACAGGUGAAGCUGGAAUUCGGUUACCUCGAGUCCAACGUGAAAUUAACACAGGGAGCGCCACAAAAAUGGUCCCUAAGCCUUCCAUCCGAGAAGUGGCGUUGCGAUACCAUGCAAGGCUCGAUCAGUUCCCUGAACGACGGACUCAGUUUGACCAUUAGCGUUCCGAAGGGGAGCGAGCAAUCCAAGCCCAUUCAGGGGACCGUCAACUUCAAACUCAACCUGUGCGCAAACGACGUUUGCUUCCCGAAAGAUUUUUCCGUUGGGCUAAAUUUUGCCCACGAUGUAACUGGCACAACUAUUGCCAAGGGCUGUCUUAUGGUGCAAAUCGGGCGAAAGAACGUUGUUGUUUCGAAAGAAUAAGAGCGUCCGGUUUGGUGCAGUACUCGAUCCAAUGCUGGCAUUUUUACUUUAUGACUUUUGUUGAUUUUUUUUUCUCUUCUCAAAUCUACUAUCACUAUAGUAAUAAUUUUGUAAUAUUUUGCUAUUAAUGAUUUUUAAAGUGUAAUACAUGUUGCUUUGAAUAAAUAAAUUGAAUUGUUUCUA